GCUGGGUAGCACUAAAACUAACUGUGCUCUGUCGCUGCUUCUCUCGUUGUUGCUGGGGGGAUUGCUGCCUCCAGCCUGGUGUCUGCUGUGCCGACGAGCCCUGCUUUGUGCUGCCUGCCUCCCCUGAUUUACUGGAACUGCUCCUCUUUCCUCCUGCUUCCGUCUUGUCUGUCAGGGGAAAUCGUCUCCUUUCUUCUUACCUUUAUUUUGUAAGAGCUGAUGCAGUUCUCUUGCAUGGCAGAGUGACGUCACUGUCAGCACAACAUCCAGGACUCUGAAGAAGCAGUGGCAAGCAGGAUGCUCUUCCCUACGUCCACGCAAGAGUCUUCCCGUGGCCUCCCAGAUACCAACGAUCUGUGCCUUGGCCUGCAGUCUCUCAACCUGACAGGGUGGGACAGACCCUGGAGCACCCAGGACUCUGACACUGCAGCACAAACCAGCACACAGUCCGUUCUCAGCAUGCUGAGUAACCCUCUUGGGAACGUCCUGGGGAAGCCCCCACUGGGUUUUCUGCCUUUAGACCCCAUUGGUUCAGACCUGCCAGAAAAGUUUUCCACACCGUCGCUGAGGAACUCCCGCUCCCUCCUGGACUCCCGCUCCAGCAGCCCCUCGGACUCGGACACCAGUGGGUUCAGCUCUGGUUCUGACCACCUCUCAGACUUGAUUUCAAGCCUUCGCAUCUCCCCUCCUCUGCCCUUCUUGCCUCUCAGUGGGGUGUCAAGAGACCCCUUGAAGAUGGGAGUGGGAUCCCAGCUGGAUCAAGAUCAAGCUGCCCUGGCUGCAGUAACUUCCUCCCCAGCCAGUGCAUCGAAAAGAUGGCCUGGAGCAUCUGCGUGGCCUUCCUGGGAUCUUCUGGACUCUCCGGAAGACCCCUUCAGUAUUGAGAGAGAAGCCCGGCUUCAUCGGCAGGCGGCAGCUGUGAAUGAAGCAACCUGCACCUGGAGUGGGCAGCUGCCUCCCCGAAACUACAAGAACCCUGUCUACUCCUGCAAAGUGUUCCUGGGAGGAGUCCCAUGGGACAUUACAGAAGCUGGGCUGAUCAACACUUUCCGUGUUUUUGGCUCCUUGAGUGUGGAGUGGCCUGGUAAGGAUGGCAAACACCCACGCUGUCCUCCCAAAGGCUACGUCUACCUGGUGUUUGAGUCGGAGAAGUCGGUGCGUGCGCUGCUCCAGGCCUGCUCCCAGGACCUGCUGAGCCCCGACGGGCUCAGUGAGUACUACUUCAAGAUGUCCAGCCGCAGGAUGCGCUGCAAAGAGGUGCAGGUGAUCCCAUGGGUGCUGGCCGACAGCAACUUCGUGCGCAGCCCCUCGCAGCGGCUGGACCCCAGCAAGACGGUGUUUGUGGGCGCCCUGCACGGCAUGCUCAACGCUGAGGCCCUGGCAGCCGUCAUGUAUGACCUCUUUGGAGGGGUGGUCUAUGCUGGCAUCGACACCGACAAGCACAAGUAUCCCAUAGGGUCGGGCCGUGUCACCUUCAACAACCAGCGCAGUUACCUGAAGGCUGUGACUGCUGCAUUCGUGGAGAUCAAAACCACCAAGUUUACCAAGAAGGUUCAGAUUGACCCGUACCUGGAGGACUCCAUGUGCCAAGUGUGCAAUGCCCAGCCUGGCCCAUUCUUCUGUAGAGACCAGAUCUGCUUCAAGUACUUCUGCCGCUCGUGCUGGCACUGGCAGCACUCCAUGGAGGUCCUGCGCCACCACCGCCCGCUGAUGCGCAACCAGAAGAACCGGGACUCCAGCUAAGGGGCUGCCGGGCCCGGGGCUGGCACAGGCAGAGUCCUGGGAGAGCCUGCCACGAGGAGAGCGCAGCGGCGCCCGCCGGAGCCAGGCCCGGCUGGGAACGUUCUUCCUGAGGACUGAUGGGGAAAAAACAAAAAUCUUACAUUCAUGUUUGCACUUGCUGGUCUUUUUGUUUCUGCACUAAUGCACAGUGAGUUUUGUUGGGGUUUGUUUGGGGGGUGUUUUGAGGGGGGGAGUGCCCCUCAAGCCAUUCUGCAGUUCCCAGACUUUGGUUCCUGGUUUGCUGACGAGAAGCAAAAAUUGAAAACGAAUAAACCCAACCAACCAAGG